UAGGGAAGCAUGCAUUAAUUUCUUAUAGAUGAGAUAGCAGCCAUGCAGGCAGCCGCUCAGCCUGAAUUGCCAUACUUGAGGACAUCUGGAAUCAUACUUGCUGGUGAAGAUGAUACAAGCAGUAAACUAAAUGGCAUAGUUGAUGCCUCAAUUUCUGAGUCAACGCCAAGUCAUGCAAGUUUGGACAUAGGCCAAGAUUAUAGCUUGCCGGCAUCAGGUCAAACACCAUCAACAGAUGGAAGAGCUCAAAUAUCAAUGUCCUGGCCAAACCAUCUACCACAAAGUGGGCUAUAUGUGUUGUGGGGAGUGAAUCUCAUUACACAGUGGUCGAGAAUUCAACGACGGUCAAACAUAGACCCGUCGUUAUCCACUGAGGUGACCAAUACAACGACGGUCACCAUUACAGUCGUCGUUACCGUAUGAUGAACGUAGUACAACGACGUUCUUUGGCCGCCCGACAUUGACACCAACAAACUCAAUGAUGGUGGGACGUACACACAGUCGUUGAAAAUGACGAAAACAAGGACAGCCUAUCUUAAUCACUGACGUUGAUGUCAUUACUACAACGACGACGUUUUCCCAUGAACGACGUUGAUUAGUAACCUACAACGACGGCAUUUACGUAUUAACGAUGUUGAUAUGUUGAAUACAACGGCAAAGUUUAUGUCAACUGCGACAUUGAAAGCUUAAGACAACGACGGAUAUUAAUCAAUACCCGUCGUUGCUUUCAUGUUUACGACAACUGUCCUAAAGUGGGCCUGACGUUGCCAUUUUUUAUUACAACGACGAGUAUGGGUGCACCGUCGUAAUCGUUGUCGGGAUACAACGACACCUGAAGCAAAGACGGUGCCUGGCCCAACGUAGAAAUACCAUUUCGACCAAUGUAGAUCCUUACAUUUCUAGCAGUGUUUGCAUAGUGGGUCAAGGGUGUCUGGUUUAGUUGGUUGAGCAAAGUAUGUGAGUUAUUUUAAAUUCAUUGAAUUGUCUUCGAUUCCUAUGGAUAAAAAAUUAUUUUGUACAAUGAAUAU